AUGGACCCGGCCAGGAAAGCAGGUGGCCCGGCAGGGGUGCGCAGGGCCGGCUGGCUGCUGCUCCUGCCGCUGCUGUGUCUGCAAGGAGCGCAGGCCCUGGAGUGCUACAGCUGCGUGCAGCGGGCGGACGACGGCUGCGCUCCGCACAGGAUGAAGACGGUGACGUGCGCGCCUGGCGUCGACGUGUGCACCGAGGCCGUGGGCGCGGUGGAGACCAUCCACGGGCAGUUCUCGGUGGCGGUGCGGGGCUGCGGAUCGGGGCUCCCCGGGAAAAACGACCGCGGGCUGGACCUGCACGGGCUGCUGGCGUUCAUCCAGCUGCAGCAGUGCGCUCAGGACCGCUGCAAUGUCAAGCUCAACCUCACCUCGCGAGCGCUCGACCCCGCAGGCAACGAGAGCGCGUACGAGCCCAACGGCGUGGAGUGCUACAGCUGCGUGGGGCUGAGCCGCGAGGCGUGCCAGGGCGCGGCGCCACCCGUCGUGAGCUGCUACAAUGCCAGCGAUCGCGUCUACAAGGGCUGUUUUGAUGGCAACGUCACGUUGACAGCAGCUAACGUGAGCGUGUCCCUGCCCGUCCGGGGCUGUGUCCAGGACGAGUUCUGCACCCGGGACGGGGUCACAGGCCCGGGCUUCACCCUCAGCGGCUCCUGCUGCCAGGGCUCCCGCUGCAACUCCGACCUCCGCAACAAGACUUACUUCUCCCCUCGGAUCCCGCCGCUCGUCCUGCUGACCCCGCCCAGCACCGCGGCCCCGGCCACUCGGGCCGCCUCCAGCUCCGCCCCCUCCACCGCAGCCGCCACCGCCCGCCCCUCUACGGCCAAGCCCACCCCGGCGCCCACCAGCCACACCACUCCGCUGGAAGUGGAAGUCGAGGCGCCCCGUGCAGAGGAGCCCCGGUUGGCCGGAGGGGUCGCUGGCCACCAGGACCGCCGUAAUAUGGGGCAGUACCCUGCCAAAGGCGGGACCCAGUACCCCUCCAACAGAGGCGUGGCUGCUGCCGCCGCCGGGCUGGCGCUGCUGGUGUGGGCUGUGGCUGCUGGCGCCCUGUUGUGAGCUGGGAGCACGGAGACUUGCUCCACGUCCCGGGCCCCAGGCACCCUUCUUCCCGUCACCGGACUGGGCUGGCCCAGCCCCCAUUCUCAGGCCCCAGCUCUGCUGCACUGGGUUGUGGCUUCGGGAAGUAAGAGUCGCUGUGGUGUGUGCCCUGCCUGCCGGGGUGCAGCGCUGGGCCCCCUCGUCCGUGUCUCUCCUGCGUGGUCUCGCGGCGCAGGAGGCGGGUGGGAGAGACAAGAGCUGCCCGCUGGCUCCCCAGAGCCGGCCUGGGAUGCUGGGCGGUGGGUGGGGGGCGCUCCUCGGAGAGCUGCCGCCCUCCCUCUCCCGUCCUCUGCCUCCUUUCUAGGCUGUGAGCCCCUGGAGGGCAGGGCAGGGGCCUCUGUGUGG